AGGGCCAAACAGCCCACUAUUAAUCCUCCGUCACUUGCUGACGUCAUCUUCCGACUGGUGACUGCUGUUAUCAAGAUGGCGCUGCGGCCAGGAUCAGGGGGAGGCAGCAGUUUUAUGUAUCCUGUCGGAGGGGGUCUGGGACCGCCACAAGGCAUGGUACCCAUGCAGCAACAGCAGCAGCAGCAACAGCAGGGCUUCCCCAUGGUUCCUGUCAUGCAGCCGAACAUGCAAGGCAUGAUGGGAAUGAACUAUGGGGGGCAGAUGCCCCCAGGGGCCAUGCCAAUGCAGGGUGGCAUGGCUAUCGGGAUGCAGACCCCUGGGAUGCAGUUCUUGGGUCAGCCACAGUUUAUGGGUAUGAGACCAGCUGGACCCCAGUACACUGCUGACAUGCAGAAACAAAUGGCAGAGGAGCACCAAAAACGUCUGGAGCAGCAGCAGAAGAUGCUGGAGGAGGACAGGAAAAGAAGACAGUUUGAGGAGCAGAAGCAAAAGCUGAGGCUUCUCAGCAGUGUCAAACCCAAGACAGGAGAGAAGAGCCGUGAUGACGCCUUGGAGGCAAUCAAAGGCAACCUGGACGGCUUCAGCAGAGACGCAAAGAUGCACCCCACUCCAUCAUCACAGACUAAGAAGCAAGAGUCAUCGCCAUCACACCCGUCUGUCACCACUCACUCCCUCCCCCCAGCUUUGUCCGAGGACAGUGACGAGUUUAGUGACUUUCAGGGGCCUUUAGACGCCCCCGACUCCUUCCCUCCACCCUCGUCCACUUCCUCCACCUUUGGCCUCUCCUCUCACACCCACAGCCAGCCUUCGUCCUCAGCCCCCAACACAGGUUUCCCUGAAGAUGAUGACGACUUUAGUGACUUUGUUCAGGGUCCUGUAAACGCUUUCCCUUCCUCCAACCUCCACCUCUCCUCUCAGGCCCAAGUCCAGCCUUCACCCCCUCCCCUGAGGGCAGGUCUGUCCUCCUCUUCCUCCUCCAUCCCUCAGUCCCUCCCUGCCUCUGUCUCCAUCCCCACUGUCACCCAGCACUCUGCUGUCAACACCAGUUCCCAAUCUACAUUUCAAGGCCCGUCCCUGGAAGAGAAGCUAUUCUCUUCAUGCGAUCUCACUGCUGAUAAGACAGCCCACGUUAGCUUUAAGUCCAAGCAGAGUUUGGCAAAAAUGGGUUCUAGAGCUCAAGUGUCAGCCCAGUUUCAACCCAGUUCUAAAUCCAGGAACUGGGCUGCGGCCCCUGAGGACUUGAGCUCUGUCUUCGUCACAGCAGCCCCGGUUUCAGCACCCAGCAUCCCCACAUCAGCUGCUGACUCGUCUCCUCAAACCAGUAGUGACAGUGGUGUUGGUGUGUACCCACAGCAAGAGCACAUUCAGCCCAUGGUGCCAGCCUGGGUUUAUAAUGACAGCCUCAUCCCAGAAAUGUUCAAGAAGGUUCUUGAAUUCACCAUGACCCCGGCAGGGAUCGACACAGCCAAACUUUAUCCAAUACUAAUGUCAUCAGGUCUUCCCAGGGAAGCACUGGGGCAAAUCUGGGCAUCAGCCAACCGCACAACACCUGGCAUGCUGACCAAGGAGGAGCUCUACACUGUACUUGCACUAAUUGGUGUGGCGCAGAGUGGCCUCCCAGCAAUGAAUGUGGAAAUCCUCAGUCAGUUCCCCUCUCCACCAGUGCCCAACCUGCCAGCCCUGGCUAUGGCUAUGGCUUCCGUCAUGCCCCAGCACCAGCAUCAGCAGCCCAUGAUGGCCGCGCCCCCCGUCUCCAUGGCCAUGCCCACACAAGCACCACCAGUCAUGGCCAUGGCACCCGCAGCACCGGCUCAACCACCCGCAAAUUCAAAUUUCAUUGCCAGUUUCCCUCCUGCACAGGCGACUAAAGCCGAUGACGAUGACUUCCAGGACUUCCAAGAGGCCCCAAAAGCAGGAGCGGGAGACCAGGCCUUCACUGAGUUCCAGGGGGAUUCAGGGGGAAGUUUCCCCACCACCAUCGCACCUCAGCACCAGAACAGCACGCCUGCCAUGCUCACUCCAGUCUCUGGUUCCUCCACCGCCUCCGUCACGUCCUCUGAUAAGUACGCUGCCUUCAAGCAGCUGUCUGUGGAUCAGCCUGCAGAGCCUACACCCCCUGCCUCAGAUAUAGGAGACAAAUACAGUGUGUUCAGACAGCUCGAGCAACCUGCUGACAAGAAACCAGUGGGGGAAGGAUUUGCAGAUUUCAAGUCUGUCAGCGCUGAUGAUGGCUUCACAGACUUUAAAACCGCCGACAGCGUCUCUCCACUAGACCCUUCAGAACAGGCCAAGAUCUUUCAACCUGCCUUCUCUUCUGCUUUCCCGAACUCUCAGUCUCUACAGCAUCUACCGCAGCAGCAACAGCCAGCAGCGUCUCUUUCUCAGCCAAAAAAUCCUCUCAACAUGGCCGACCUGGACCUUUUCUCAUCUAUAGCUCCAUCUGUUCCUGCCCCCACUGAGACAAAACCCAGCACAUUUCCCUCGGUGGCCGUGCCUCCCUCUUUAGUUCUCCUGCCUGGUGGAGCCAAACCUCCAGGUGGUGGUGCAGAUGAUUUUGGUGACUUUGCCCUUUUCGGCUCCUCCUCUGAAGCUGCCCAGGCUUCAGCAGCAGGAGGAGCUGUAGCAGCAACUCAGGACGACUUUGCAGAUUUCAUGGCGUUUGGCAGUACUGGUGGGGAGCCUAAAGGGGAGAGCAUUGUCGGUGUCCAAGGGGAGACCUCCGCUCAACAGCGGCCUCAGCAGAGCUCAGACAAGUACGACGUAUUCAAACAGCUGUCUCUGGAGGGAGGCCUGGCCUACGAUGACAAUAAGGAGAGUGGCGGUGGCUCCUUCUCUUCUCUCAAGAGUGACACAGAUGACUUUGCCGACUUUCAGUCCUCAAAGUUCUGCACGGCGCUCGGGGCUUCAGAAAAGACUCUGGUGGACAAGGUGGCCGCUUUCAAACAGGCCAAAGAGGACUCGGCCUCAGUCAAGUCCCUCGACCUCCCAUCAAUCGGCGGGAGCAGCGCAGGAAAGGACGACUCCGAGGACGCACUGUCAGUGCAGCUGGACAUGAAGCUCUCGGACAUGGGUGGAGACCUGAAACAUGUGAUGUCGGACAGCUCUCUGGAUUUGCCGGGUCUCUCGGCCCACCAGCCCCCCGCUACAGAAGGAGACGACAUGAAAUUUGAUCCCUUUGGGACGUCGGCCCUCAGCACCCUGGCCAGCUAUGACUGGUCAGACCGGGAGGAAUGUCUGCCCGGUGAGGUCAGAAAGCUGCAGGGCUCAGAGGGAGCGUCCCUUCCAUCUUUAGUGCCCACACAGAGGAAGGAGCUGACCUUCGGCAGCACUGAAAACAUCACAGGCAGCUCCGUAGCGAAGAUCACCACCUCCUUCCCCACCGAGGACAGCUCAUCCACAGAUGACAAGUUUGAAGCCUUUGCUGAUUUUGGCUCCAGUGACCCCUGCGGUGUCGAUGCCGAGGACGACUUUGGGGACUUCGCGAGUACUGUUUCUGAAAAGUCAGACUCACCUGCGGCCACGGCUGAGGCGGGCUCUGAGGGAAACCAAAGUGAGGCUUCUGAUGAGUUUGGAGCCUUCCAGGGGGACAAACCAAAGUUUGGCAAGUCUGACUUCCUCAAAGCGAGCGCUCAGGCCAACGUCAAGUCCAGCGAGGAGAUGAUCAAGAAUGAGCUGGCAACCUUUGACUUGUCUGUUCAAGGCUCCCACAAACGCAGCCACAGUUUGGGCGAUAAGGAGAUUGGGCGCUCGCCCCCGUCUCCUGCUCCAGAGCAGCCCUUCAGAGACCGAUCGAACACCCUGAGCGAGAAGCCCGCCCUGCCUGUCAUCAGGGACAAAUACAAGGACCUGACUGGGGAGGUGGAGGAGAGCGAGCGCUACGCAUACGAGUGGCAAAGGUGUCUGGAAAAUGCUCUUGAGGUCAUCACCAAAGCUAACAACAUCCUGAAUGGCAUCAGCAGCUCGUCUGUCUGCACCGAGGUCAUCCAGUCUGCUCAGGGUAUGGAGUACCUGCUAGGUGUGGUGGAAGUAUAUCGCGUCACCAGGCGCGUGGAGCUGGGCAUCAAGGCGACGGCCGUGUGUUCUGAGAAGCUGCAGCAGCUGCUGAAGGACAUCAGCCGAGUGUGGAACAACCUCAUGGGCUUCAUGUCGCUGGCCAAGCUCGCUCCUGAUGAGAGCUCCCUCGAUUUCUCCUCCUGCAUUCUGAGGCACGGCAUCAAGAAUGCCAAGGAGUUGGCAUGCGGGGUGUGUCUGCUCAACGUCGACGCCCGCAGCAAGAACAAAGAAGAAAGCGCUAUUGGACGUCUGUUUAAACGAGCAGUGAAUAAAGACAAUAACAGGAGGUUAAGGGCGUUCAACUCGGAGACGGACAACUUCAAGCUGCUGUACGGGGGCCACCAGUACCACGCCAGCUGUGCCAAUUUCUGGAUUAACUGUGUGGAGCCCAAACCCCCGGGCCUCAUACUGCCUGACCUGCUCUGAGCCUUCGCCCGCAGCUGUCAUGGCAACGGGGCACGAGGCUAAUCAACAUCAGAUAGGUGGAGCGACGACACACCUCGCGCUGCACAGGCGCUCACCUUGGACUGAGAAGGAGGACGUUUAAAGUCACUGGAUCCCUCUUAUUUAUUUCUGACUCUGCUGUCACUCAGAGUUUAUGUGUAGAUCUGGUAGUUUGUUCGAAUUUAAUAGCUUUUCUAUAAACUAUCUAUGGUGUUAUUGUUUCCCCUGAUGAUCCUCCACAGUAAUUACCUAAACACACAUAUAGGUCAGCUGUACAGGUCGUAUUUAAACCGGUUUCUAAUUAUGCUUUUAAGAUGAUUUCCACUGCAGAAAAGAGUCUGUAUCACUAAAUAAUCUCCUGUCAGUGAUUUAAAUUAUUAGGUGUGCAAUAGCAUUCAAAACACUGGCGUCUGUAAACAUGUUGAGUUUUUAAUGUCAUUGUUUUGAGAGGAAUUUAUUCAUAACUCACUUUAUUCCCACUGAACGGAGCUGUUGAAUCAUGAGCCUGUUAUCCUACUUGAAUUAUAUAUCUGUUGGUCGGGUCUGUUUGAUGAAACUCUGUGGCUGCACAGGUUUUAAUGAAGUUUCCAAAACCUUUAACAUUCAAACCGUUGUGUUGCUUUGACUUUUGUUGCACUGUUGGGGUAUUUAAAUUGUGUAUUUUAUUGGGGGAAAUAAGUUGUGAUUUGGGGACUUGAAGGGAAUGAUGGUUUUGUUUUUCUCUGUGUUGUGUGCAACCACAGCUGGAAGUCUGGAAGAAGUUGACUGUGAUUCUGAACUUAAAUUGCAGCAGCACUUUUUGUACAUUGCAGUGCGACGCUGUAGCGUCGUAACGAUGACUAACUGUAAUGUGAAUGUGAUGUAAAUAAACAAAUAUGCAUACAGUUUA